CAAUGCAAAUCCAGGAACGAUGACGAGUAGGACCCCUCGAGUGAACCGUUGGCUAGCAACGUAGUGUGUGUCCUAUCUUUAACGCCGUAUCAUUUUUCACCACUUUUGCACUCUUCCCACCUCACCCUCACUCACACACUUGGAGGCUCGUACCAUUUUCUGCAAUUCUAUUAACACACAAACAACAAUUCUAGUAUAGAGUAAAAAUUCGCUGUUUCUCUCUCCUCCUACUCAAGCUUUCAGCUCAUUUUAAUGGCGUUCAUACUAAGCUCAACUUUCAUUAUUACUUUGAUCCGCUAAGUGUGCUUUAAUAUCAGAAUUGAAGAACUACUAGCUCAGUUGCUCAGUCGUUUCGUGGAAGUUCCAUCUCUAUUGCUUUGUUGUGGAAGACCAAAUUGGCUUGUUCUGUCCCGAGCUCCUUCAUACUAAAUCUCAGUAGGAGUCAACUACAAAUGGGUUUCAUUUAGUGUUAUAUGGGAAUUUUGUUGUCUGAAGAUAGUGAUACAUUGCUGCUAGACGACUAGUUACAAUUCUGUAUUCAAAAAUAGCUUGCACAAAAGUAUAAAGAAGUCUCUGAAGGUUAUAUAUUCAGUGACAGAUUCGGUAGUUGGAGGAUUUGAUAUUCAAAUUAUGGACAUGAAAUUCCAGCCAUACUGUAUGUGAAGGAAUCAAUGAAGAUCCAGCUGCAAGUCGCUAUUACAUCUGUUUUGUUCUUAAUCUGCAUUCAGCAGACAACAUGUGAACAGGUGUCAAAUUCAUCUGGAACUAGGUGGACCUGCACAUGUUCUGCUUAUCAAGAAACCCAAAAGUCCAUUAAUGCAGCUAAUUGCUCCACAUCGUGUGAUUGCCUUCCUGUGAAUUUUGGAUCAACUGAAAACACUUGGACUUGUGUCUGUAAUAGUGGUGGAUUGCCUACUUUGGCAGCAGAUGGUCAGAACAGUAACUGCUUUACAGGAUGUGAUUGCACCUCUGGAUCUUUUACAGCUUCUCAGGCUCCGAGCAAACACGUGUCUAACCGAGUAGUAAUUAUUCUCUUUGUAUGCUUGGUGCUCAUUACACUUGCAUUAAUUGUAUCCCUCACCUGGUUUUUUUACCCAAGAGACAAGUGUGAACAACAAAAUACCUUGUCUGACAGAGGAUCUAGCCUCGAAAGCACUACUGACCUGAUAAAACAGAAGUUUCCUUCCCAGUCUCCAGCCAGAAGCAAUGUGGGUCUUAUGGAAAGUCCAUUUACAGGUUGCAUUGGUUCCCUUUUAUUCAGAAGAAAAAUGAAAAUAAUUCAUGGCACAGUCACCCAUUUUACAUAUUCAGAGUUGGAACAUGCAACAAACAAAUUUUCUCAUGAUAAUUUGAUUGGAGUUGGGGGAUGCAGCUAUGUAUAUCGUGGUCAUCUUAAAGAUGGUAGAACUAUAGCUGUGAAACGAUUUAAAGCUUCUAAGGGACUAGAUUCUGAUUUUGAAUUCUUUAAGGAGGUUGAGAUUAUAUCAAGACUGCACCAUUGCCAUAUUGUGCCUUUACUAGGUUAUUGCUCUAUAUCCUUGGGCAAACAGGUUGAGAGGCUACUCAUUUUUGAGAAUUUGCCAAAUGGUAACCUCAGAGAUUGUCUGGAUGGACAAAAGCAUUUGGAUUGGGAUACCCGUGUUGCAAUUGCCCUAGGAGCUGCCAGAGGACUGGAGUAUCUUCAUGAUGCAGCUGCUCCAAGAAUUUUGCAUAGAGAUGUCAAGUCCACUAAUAUUCUUCUGGAUGAAAAUUGGAAAGCAAAAGUGACUGAUCUUGGUAUGGCAAAAUGCUUAAGCACGGAUGGUUUCCUCAGUUGUUCUUCUUCUCCUGAAAGAAUACAAGGAACCUUUGGCUACUUUGCACCAGAAUAUGCAAUUGUUGGAAAAGGUACAUUGAAAUCAGAUGUAUUCAGUUUUGGAGUUGUUCUUCUUGAGUUGAUAACUGGCCGAACUCCAAUAUUCAACGUAUCUGAUAAAGGAGAUGAAAGCCUAGUCAUAUGGGCUGCUCCUCGACUACAAGAUAGCAGGCGUGUAAUAUCAGAAUUGCCUGACCCAAAUCUAAAGGGUAAUUUUCCUGAAGAAGAGAUGCAAAUAAUGGCCUAUUUAGCAAAGGAGUGCUUGCUUUUGGAUCCUGAAUGCCGACCGGGCAUGAGUGAAGUUGUUCAGGUCCUCUCAACACUUGUUCCAAAUGUGUCACGGCGAAGAAGGUUUCCCACAAACCUGUUCCAGAACUUGUCCUCUAACAGCAUGAAAAGUGAACAACCAUGCAUGGAAAAGUCUACCAGUCAAGUUGAGGUUCUUGUAGACUCUGAGGAGCUCAAACAAAUGUGUCCAAGUCGAUGGUCAUCUCGAUGUUCAUUAUCAUCUGACAUUGACCGCAACCUCUUGGCUGAUAGUGUUGCGAAAUCAGUAAAUCUAUCUUCAGUUCAGUAUGUCAAUAGUCUGCUAUAUUUGACAUCAAGUGGGAGUCAUAGUACCAAUGUCGAUGAUGAUGAGAUUGUGGAUCUGACAGAGCCUCGACUAGAAUCAUUCUCUGUAGGAAACGAUCAGUGAUCUUCGACCAGCAACAAGCCAACAAGUGCAUGCGUGCAAUCUAUGAUGAAUUGAUGAUGAAGAGCCAUCUUAGGUUUAGAUCUGGAUGGUAAUUUGACAUGCGAAACAGGAAAUUACCGAAGAAUUGUUACUAAAAAUUGUAAAGCAAGCAGAUAAGAUUUUGAUCUUUUUGUUUAUGUUCUUUUUUUUGGUUUCUGUGUUUUCUGUAAGUCAAAAAUAUGAAAAAGUCAAAAUACAAAUUUGUUGCUGGUUACUUCCUGAAUCCUGAUUGCCGUUGGGACCUCACAAUAUUAUAUAUAGGCACCCAAUACAAAUUCAUCUUGUAAAUAGAAAGAAUCUCAUCCUUAUGUUGUUAAUUGAUCAUAUUAAGUUUUUCUGAA